GCUCACCUGCCCUUAUCUCAUGAUAAAAAUGAGACUGUUUUUGACAUUGCUGCCCCUCCCCUUUAGUGACCACACCUUUUAGGAGGCAAGGGAAACUUAUUAGGGCAGACAAGACAUCAUGUAGUCAUUUUCAAACAGACUGGAAUUCAGAACAUAACUCUUCAUCAGGGUCUUUGAAGCAAAAAUGAAGAGAACCAAGAGCAAGGACCCGGACACGGAACCAGCUCAACCCACAAUAAGGUACCCAGAAAUGGUACCCACAACUCCGCCUGCAGACACAGAUCAGCAGCCUCCACCAUAUCGUGACUACAAUGCUGGGUACCCUCAACACCCACCAGGACCUCCACCCAACCAGCCUGGCUACCCCCAGGUCGUGCACGAGUAUGGUCCGCCACCUCAGCAACAGCUUCAGCCUUUAGUUGUUACCCAGCAGAAUGUGACAAUGCAGCCUACAGUCUGUAUGACCCCUGUUAGACAGAAGUCUGACUACUUGUGUUGCUCCAUCUUCACCAUGCUGUGCUGCUUCUUUCCCCUGGGCUUGAUUGCUCUUCUCCUCUCCAUUUUGACUCGAGAUGCCAACAUGAGUGGAGAUGAAUUUCGCGCUACCACAUGGUCUAGGGCUGCAGGCAUUGUGAACUCUGUUGCUUUGGCUUUUGGGCUUAUUUGUGCCACUGGGCUUGCAAUAAGAUUUUCUAUGAUAAGGUUCUAAAGGUGUGCAAAAAAAAAACAAAAAAACACACCCUUCGAAUAAAGUUUUUUGUUGGCAGUUUAAAUGUUUUUCUGUAUUAUUUUGUAUUAUUCUGUAUUUCUUUUUAUACUCUAACUGCAUGAGUUGUACCUGUAGCAAAGCUUAUUGUCAAUGUUUAAUGGUGCAAUUGUUGAAAUGAUGAUUUUUAAGCUGUAUUUAAUUUUGAAAAGAAUGAA